AUGUCCAAUCGACGUGAGAGUGCCCAUGCAUUUGUGCAGCGACUCCGAGCCACUCCCGUUUCACUUUCACCGCAGAUCUUUCACAACGCCACUGAUGGUGGAUUGCGGCAAAGUGAUGUGUUGAUUGUUGGCGGUCCACCGGGAUCGGGAAAGACAACGUGGGUGUACCGCGUGGCCGCCCAACAUGUGAACAAUGGUGGUCUUGUCACUUUUCUCUUUCUUCCCGGUAGUGGCAAUUUUGUGUUGCGACGGUUUAUGGAACAACUGGAAAUGCUGACUCCAUUAUCUCUCACAACAGAAGAUAUGAGAAAUAAUGAUUCUAUGGAUAAUAAUAAUAAUAGUGAUGGGAUAAGAACAACAUGUACGUCUGAUAUUGAGACUCGGCGUCAAGCAUUACUAAAUGCACUCCAUCGUGUGGAAGUGGUACACUGUGCAGAUAUUACGGAUCUCGCUGUCUACUGCAUGCAUGAGAAGAAGAGUGAAUUGGAUUCUCUGCGCUCCGACACCGCCGUACCGCUUGUGAUUGCGGAGGGUUGUGGUGGAAAAGGGAGUUAUCUACAUCACAUGGAACGGGCGAUGGGGCAUGAAUCCCCAUUGUGUUAUUGGUUUUUUAAUUGUUUACAGCGACGACGGCGAUGUGCACUUAUUCUCGUAGAGGAAUGGGGAUUCACAGGAGUUGAACGGGAGGAUUCCUCCUUCACAACUAUAGUAGAGACAGAGUCUGAACUUCUGCGGCGCUUGCAGAAGGAAACAUAUCGAAUGACGAUGAUACCUAAGUCUUAUACAAACAAACGACAACGAAUGAGUUCAACUUCUAAUGUCAUCUCCCAUCCAGUGUCAGAAGCCUCUUCACAUUUUGUGGGGAAUCUGCGAUUGUUUUAUUUACACAUACAGAGUAUUCCAACAACAACUGUAACGAUAACAACAACAACAACAACAGCAGCAGCAGGAGGAGGAGGAGGAGGAGGAGGAUUUGUGACGGUGGCGCGAUUGUUGCAGUGGCGUUUGAUGCAGAAACAAGAAACAACUAGUGUGAAGAAUGAAAUAUCGGAAGUCUUAACAGAAUCUUCACGACCGCAGCGAUGGCGUCACUCAAUAGUGGAGAAACCAACACCAUUCUGUGGGGAAUUACUUUGUGCAGCACAGUUGUAA